AUGGUGUCGCUCAAGGCUUACCCGAGCGCCUUUAGGCGGUAUUCGCCGGCUACUUCUUCGACGCUGUUGAGGAGUCUGAACGGCGAGAACGGGGGCGGACGGGAGAGUCCAGGCCAGAUGCAAGGACUUCUCGGGCAGCAGGUCCAGCUGUCGUCCCUCAUGCAGCAUCAUCCGUUCUUCCUGCAACAUCAGCAGCAGCAGUUGGCAGACCUGGGAAGAGCCCAGCUGGAGCAAUGCAUGCAGGGUUUGCAAGAGCAGCUGAGGAUAUUGCUCUUGCAGCAAUCCCAACUCCUUCAUUCCUCGAGCGGAGCGGACAGAAAGAAAGCGGCGUCGCUGCUGACGCAGCUGACGGCGCAGCAGCAGGCGCUGUCGCAGCAGCUGCAGUUGGUGCAGCGGCAAUACCUAUUCCAAGCGGCGGCGGGGCUCACGUCGUCGGCCGGAAGCGAGACGCUGCAUCAGCUGUGGCGGGAUGGGUGCGGCGGGGGGACGAAUGCGACGAGCGCGACGGGGACGUCGGUGUCGUCGCCUCCGUCGCCGGGGCUGGCGGGGAUGCUCGCGAGGAAGGAGCCGGGGUCUCCGGACGCCCCUGCGACUCACUCCGGUCUCAAUGGGCUGUUGAGCGUGAAGAAGGAGGCUUGGAAUGGAGCUGGGUCUGGGAGUCCAGGUGGAGAGGGGAAGGCCGUGAACGAGUCCCCUAAUUCUCAUGCGCUCUAUGGUCAUGGGGUUUGCAAGUGGCCCGGUUGUGAAUCCCUGUGCGAAGAUUUUAACACCUUUCUCAAGCACUUGAACAUGGAGCAUUCGCUGGACGAUCGCUCCACGGCCCAAGCUCGCGUACAGAUGCAAGUCGUGGCCCAGCUGGAGCUCCAGUUAACCAAAGAGAGGGAACGACUUCAAGCCAUGAUGUCCCAUCUGAGGAUGGUGGGGAACUCGGAGUCGUCCCAGAGUCCGAGGACGGGGCCGGCAGGGAAGACACCCGAUUCCCCGAAUCUUCUCAAGUACUCCCUGCCAGGGAGUCUUCUGAGCCCGGUGACCGGAAGCGGGGGGUCCCCGCCGGUGGGGUUGGGGGCGGGGGUGGGGCAUCCGCAGACGCCGCCGCCGCCGCCGCCAAGGGCGUCCCUGGCGUCGCUCUUCCAUUCCUCGUCGCCGGUUUCGGCGUCCGCUGGGGGUGGCGGGGCGCUGCGACGGAGGAUCAACGAUAAGACUCCGCUGUCGCUCAUUCCCCCAGGGAGCAUAGAGGAGCCUCUGAGAAGGCGGGUCGUCGAGCGGGCCAGUAUCGACAUCUCUGAGGAAAUCGAAAGAAACAGAGAAUUCUACAAGAAUGCGGACGUUCGCCCGCCGUUCACCUACGCUUCUCUCAUCCGGCAGGCCAUCAUCGAGUCCCCCGAGAAGCAGCUGACGCUGAACGAGAUCUACAACUGGUUCCAGAACACUUUUUGCUACUUCCGUCGCAACGCGGCAACUUGGAAGAACGCGGUGAGGCACAACCUGUCGCUGCACAAGUGUUUCAUGAGGGUGGAGAACGUGAAGGGAGCCGUUUGGACCGUGGACGAGUUGGAGUUUUACAAGAGGCGACCUCAGCGUUGCUCCACCUCCAGUGGGCUGUCGAGUAAAGUACCGACCCUGUACGGUGAAGCACUGAAUGCGAGUCUCCAAACCGCAUUGAGCGAGGGGCUCGGAGCAGGAAGUCUGCCGUGGCAUCAGCCGCAGGCGUCCCCCAGCACCGACAGGUCCCAGGGCAACCAGGACGACGAAGAUACCAAUUCCAAAAUGGAGGAAGGACUGCAGAACAGAUCUCCAGCCUCCUCGGAAGGGAUGCCGUCGUUCUUCGGACAAGAAGGGAGGUACGAGCGCGAGAGUCCCUUCUCCGGGGAGGACACGGAUCCCCACGCUCCCGAGCCGGGGGAGGAGGCGGAGGAUCUCUCCCAGGGAUGCCGCAGCAAGGAUCUCGAGAAGGACCAGGAUGCCCAGGCCCAAGACUUGUCUUAUAGCGACGAUGGGAAUAACUGAUGAUGGCAAAGACCCCCCCCCCCCCCCCC